GGAUUUGAGACUAACAGAAAGGACAGCUGUGUUGUUCUCUGCAGGUUCCAUUUGACAGUUUGUUACUGUAGAGCAAAAUGAGAGGAAUUAAUUCCAUUUUGCUGUUUUUCAUCCUUGUCUGCUGCAUCAGGGCUAAGAAGACGCGAUGGUGCACAGUGUCUGACCCCGAGCACAGGAAGUGUGCAGAGCUGGCCAAAGCUCUGGUGGCCGUGCUGCCGCCUGCUGCUGUGGCAGCUUUUGCCAGACUCUCCUGUAUCAAAGAAUCUAGCACAACAGACUGCAUCGAUAAGAUCAGGGCUAACCGUGCUGAUAUAGUGACAUUAGAUGCAGGAGAAGUUUACUCUGCUGUGAAGCAGUUUGGUCUUGUCCCCAUUGCCAAGGAGAUAUAUAAUGAAGGAGGCUGUAUUCUGGCUGUGGCUGUGGUGAGGAACAGCACUCUGGACAUUCGCUCCCUACAGGGCCACAGGAGCUGUCACAGCGGGGUACGAUGGACAGCUGGUUGGAGUCUCCCUCUCGGCUUCCUGCUGUCCAGAAACUACCUGAGCUGGUCAAAGGAGCAGCCGCUCAGUCAGGACGUCAGUGCCUUUUUCAGUGGCAGCUGUAUCCCUGGAGCUGCAGCCAUGGCUCCGGCUCUGUGCGCUCUGUGCCAAGGCCAGAAGUCUUACAUCCGCCAGAAGAAUUACCACUGUGAAACGUCCCACAAUGAGCCCUUUUACAACAGCCAAGGAGCCCUCAGAUGUCUCAGGAGCGGAGCAGGAGAUGUUGCAUUUGUGGACCAUUUAUCUCUUCAAAAUAUUGAAGACAGUGAUAGCGAUGACUUCAGGUUACUGUGCACAGACGGCACACAAGCUCCCCUCAGCCACUACAGGACCUGUAAUCUGGGUCGAGGUCCAGGAGCCAGCAUGGUCACUAGACUCAAUUUUCGCAAGAUCGCUCGCAAAUUUCUGACCACCACGCAGAUGCUGUUUGGCUCAAGAGGAAGAGAGAGGCAGCGCUUUCAGCUCUUCAAUUCCUCCUCUUUUGGAGAAAACGACCUUCUCUUCAAAGAUGUGACGGAUAAGCUGGCUAUUCUGCCAGACGACAUGGAUGUCAGUCAGGUACUGGGGCUGGAUUACAUAGCCCUUCUCAAAGGUCUCGGACAUGAAGGAAGUUCCCUGGAGGACAGCGUUGUUCGAUGGUGCUGCAUCAGCCAUGCAGAGCAGAAGAAGUGUGAACAGUGGGCUCUUAAUAUAAAGUCUGACCCUCUAGUGUGUGUCAGAGCCGUCUCAAUGCGCGACUGUAUCGAGAAAAUUAAGAGGGAUGAGGUGGACGCUGUCUCACUGGAUGCAACUCACACAUUCAUUGCAGGGAGAUGUGGGCUGGUCCCUGUGGUCACUGAAUAUUAUGAGAAAGAGAGAAAAUGUGUUCCUGCUGAGGGAUCAACACACUUAGAGACAGACGUGCUGCCCUCUGUGGUGGCUGUGGCGGUGACGAAGCGCUCCAGCAGGAACGUUCUCAUCGGGAACCUUGGAGGCCGUCGCUCCUGUCAUGGUCACAUGUACAGCCCUGCAGGCUGGAUGCUGCCGUAUAAACACAUACUGAGCCUGGAGCACAACAGCAGCGCCCCCUGUGACCCAGACCAGGUGUACAACAAUGUGUUCUGGAAAGGCUGUCUUCCUGGCUCUAAGGGGAAUCUGUGUAAAGUGUGUAUGGGGGGCACGGGGGAGGCUGCCACCAAACGCUGCGCUGACAACCACAAUGAGCGUUACUAUGGCAACAUGGGGGCUUUAAGGUGUCUGGUUGGAGAUCCAAGCGGUAAAAGCUAUGGUGAUGUGGCCUUCCUUGAGCAGCACAACCUUCAGGACAACAUCCUCAGUUUGAGCUCCACCGGUUGGGCAGAUGGCUGGACGUCAUCAGACUUUGAGCUGUUGUGUGGUGACGGUCGCCGGGCCCCACUGUCAGACUGGGAGAGCUGCAACCUUGGAGUAGUCCCUCCAAACACUGUCAUGACACGGCCUGUGCUAACAGCAAGAGUGUACGACUUCCUGAUGAAAUCACAGGAAACAUUAUCAGCCAACCCAAACACAGAGUUCAAGCUCUUUGAGUCUCAGCAGUAUGAAGAAAGUGAUCUGCUGUUCAAAGAUGCAACUCAGUGUUUUGUCCAUACAAGUCACAUGACCUCCCGCUCCAUCCUUGGAGACGACUUCUACAGUCACAUAGAAAAUGUCUUCAACUGCACACACUCUGAUAUCCUGGAAUUUUGUGAUCAAGAUGUGUGCAGCAUUUUCUAAAAGACAUCAUGAGGAAUUCAACCUUCCAAAUUAUUCUGUCCCUCAUCCACACACCAUUUUCAUCUAUUUGACAACUUUAAAAUGGCAGUUGCACAUCCAAGUUAGAAUUAAGAUCAGGAUUUAGUAAAAACUGUAGUGACUGUAGUCACUUCUCUGUUUUUCCUGUUUCAAAAGAAAAUUGUAACUGGACACAUCAGAUAGACUUUUUCACAUAUCCACUGCAUGAGAUAUGUUUCACAUUCAUCUACACAAUUACCCAUAGUCUGUGUUUGGGAAGAGCAGAGCGUUUGUAAAAAUUUGUGGAGGCUGAUUCUGUUCUGUCUCAUUCACUAUAAUCAGAGCAAUAACACUUAUGAUUUUGCAGGGCAUGUGCAGCCCCGCUAACUACAAAACAUGAGCUUGAUAGGCAGCAGCUAUCAUGCACUAUCAGUGGAGCUUGUUAGUGAAUCAAAGUCACGCCAAGGCUGGUCAGGAGGAGAGCAAAAACAUCUUUUCAGUUAAGAAAAGGCUUUCGGUGUGGUUGAAAUGUGGUUGUGUCAUUUCAGACUGAAGCUUUUUAAGAUGGAUCUGUCUGAUGACAGACAUGGAAUCUAUCCAAUUUAUUGACUUUGAAGAGUUAAGAAAAGUCAGGGCACUUUAAAAGGCUACAGCUGUCCAGUGAGGAACUUUAGGGUAAAAUCACUUUUGGCACCCCUUGUGUCCAAAGAAUGCAUCUCAUCUCUCUACUGACCUGUCCGUACAUGUGUAGGCAGUGUUCUAUGAGAAUGAUCUCAUCUGCCUGUUUUAAGAAAUGAAUCUUUGGCAUGGAAAAUUAUCAUAUUGGAGCUUUCUACAGUGCUAUGUUAAUCUCCUUCUCUCACACCUACCCUUAAAAGAAAGUAGUAUCAUGCAUUAAAUACUUAGAAAGAAUAAGCAGUCUUCUUUCUGAUAGGUAAGUAAUAUAGAGUUUUUCCAUAACCAGAUAGAAACUCACAGGAAAUAUAAAAUGUUUCAUUGUAUAUAGUCUGUGUUUCUUAUAAAGUUCUAA